AUGGGCUACAAACUUCAGCUAAAGGCCACAGUAGAAGGCCUCAAGGAUCUUCAGCCAACCGACACUGCCGAGGAUCCAUUCGAGUAUACGUUCGAGAUCCAGUGCACAUCUUGUCGUGAACAACAUGAAAAGGAGAUCACCAUCAACAGAUUCGAACAACACGAGAUUUCAGGCUCCCGUGGAGAGGCAAACUUUGUAUUCCGCUGUAAAUCCUGUAAGAGAGAAUCAACUGCAUCGAUAACAAGAACCAAGGAGACUCUCUCGCAGGACGAUCAGAAACCAAAGACGAUCUUGGAGGUUGAGGCCAGAGGCCUGGAAUUGGUCAAGUUCAUCCCUCAGGGUAAUUUCGAAGCCACUGGUGUCGAAUCGAACACGCCAUUCAAGGAGAUUGACCUCUCAGAGAAUGAGUUCUAUGACUACGAUGACAAUGCCGGGCAGGAAGUCUCGAUAACAGAAGUAGAAUGGGACAUUGUGCGUGCUUAG